ACAAAAGAGUUUAAUAAAUUCAUUACGUUUUGCUGAACUUGAAGUGAAUGAAUAGUUUGAUUGAAUCGUGUCGUGUAAUUUUUAUUAUUUUUGAGAAAUGUUGUAAUUUAGUACUUGACAUGUUAUUUUAGAAAUAAAUACUAUGGUUAUAAUUAAGUGUUGGCAUACUAAUUGAAUCUGUUGACAAACUUUUGUAUAACAUUAUUAAACAACAAACUGAACUGAAAAUGGAGGUCUCCAACAACACCGACGCCGUCAACCUUGGCGUUGGUGAAGUAGAAGCUGAAAUUGGCGAAGAAUUAAAACAAUUAGAGGAAGGAAAAGAUUUUGAUACACGAAGUGAAGUGUCUAGUACGUCUUCUAGCGAGUCAAGUACUCCAAGUAUUAGUUCUGUUAGCACUAGAUCCAAAGAGAGACGCAAUCGUAAACGUACCAAGUCUGAAAGCCAUUCACCUCCACAAAAUAAACGACGAUGCCUUACAACAAGCAGCAGCAAAGUAAAGACGUAUGAUUAUAUGACCAAACUGAAUUAUUUAUUCAGGGACACCAGAUUCUUUUUGAUUAAAUCGAAUAAUGCAGAAAAUAUAACAUUGUCAAAAGCGAAAGGUGUAUGGUCUACACUGCCACAGAACGAAGCCAAUUUAAAUCAGGCGUAUCGUGAGUCCAGGAAUGUGCUACUAAUAUUUUCAGUGAAGGAAAGUGGCAAAUUCGCUGGUUUUGCACGCCUGGGCAGUGAAUCACGACGAGAUGUCGCUCCUAUAUCAUGGGUGCUACCGCCAGGCUUAUCAGCCAAAGUUUUAGACGGCGUCUUUAAAGUUGAUUGGAUUUGUCGCAAAGAAUUGCCAUUUAGUAACACACUACACCUCUAUAAUCCAUGGAAUGAAGGAACGGUUAAAAUUGGAAGGGAUGGUCAAGAAAUUGAGCCAAAAGUUGCUGAAGAAUUAUGUAGGCUUUUUCCUGAAGAUGAAGGUAUUGAAAUGACUCCUAUACUCAGAAAGUCCAAGGAGGCUUCCAAAAGCUAUUUGAAAAGUGGAGGCAAUUACAGGACAUAUCGGGCUCCUUUGUCAUCUAGAGGAUCAAACUUUAGAAACCGCUUGAAUUCUUCCUCCAGGAGUAGGAGAAAGCCAUUUAUAUCACCUAGAAAUCGAGUUUCAUCAAGCUCGUACAAACGCAGAUCACCUUCACCAUACAUGAGAGAGCGCUUGCCAAUUUGGUUUGGACGCAAUCGAGAGGGUUAUGGUAGCAGUAGUACUGCAGCUGAAGCUUAUGUGGCAGAGUAUAUGCGAUCAAUGCAUCAUCAGUUGCCUCCAUUGCCUUAUGUACCCCCACCAGGAUUCAGUGGAGCACUGUCUUAUGAUGGCAUACCGCCACCACCCCCACCGCCUCCUCCACGUUACUAUGACUUAGCUGAUUAUCGUUCAGUGUUAGUUUAUGAUAAGAGGUCUUAUGAACGCUCAGUGGAUGAAUUUCUGUGGCGUAUUCGUUCGUGGCGAAGUCGUGAACGUGACUCACAUAGAUCCUACCGUGAUCGGCGAUAAAACUGUAUCAACCCCAAUGUAAUGAUAUAAUUUCUGAAUAAAAAAAUUGUGUUUGAACUGUGAACUUUAUUGAUGGUUAAAAUUAAUUAUGGUAGUGUUGUGGUGAACUUUGAUAAUAAUAUUUUCGAACUUUGUUAUGAAUUCGGACAAUUUAACAAAAACAGGUAAUGAAAAUGGGACUAUUGAAAAUAGUUACAAUUGUGUGGUUCAAGUGGAAAAAUGCAAGGAUUCUAUUUUUACAGGGUAUAAGAUAUGAAAAAUAGUGAUGAGAAUAUGGUAUCCGAUUAUGCUAGAUGAUUUUUCAAGACUGAAAUAGUGAAAGUGUAGCAUCAGCCAAAUAAUGACAGUGUAGUUAUGAACUGCAUAACUUUUUCUUGGUUGAUGAUACAAGUCACAUAAUCAAUAAUUAAGCAACUUAAUAAUAGGUAAUUUUGUACAACUUACAAUGGUUGUGUAAAUAACUGUGAUAAAUAAUUUCCACCUAUUUUUUACUGUAAUUUUAAAUAAAUUAUAAUGCUGUGUCCGGCAAAUAAUUACAACCAAAGAAAUAGCCUCCAAAUUGCAUUUCAAUAUAUUUAUUAUUGCAUGUAUUAUUUUUAUGUUUUGAGUUAGCCUUUACAAACUGUAUGUACCUACAUUUUUUUUUUAUAAAUCAAAAGAUUGUUUAUUUUCUAUUGUUGUCAUAAUUACUCAAAUGGGAUUCCAUAAUCAUUUGAUUUCAUUAAGAUUAAGUUUUUACCUAAAGAUUAUACUCCAAAUCAGUGCUGAGUACAUAAUAUUAUUAUGCUUAUAAUGUAAAAAUACACUAGACAUCGGUAAGAUAAUAAUAUUUCCUUUUUGAGUGACAGUAUCUGUGCAUAGCAACGUGUGUGAGAAGUUUAUCUUUUGUUCUUCUGGCUGUGUGUCCCAAAGAAGACAUUUAGUUGCAAUGUAAUAACAAAAAGCCUAACCAGUACUAAAAUCUUAACCAGCUUAGUAUAAAUCUAUUAAUGAACACCAUUACCAUACAGAAUUAUCCCCUAAGCCUUAGCUUAAGCAAAUUGGGUUGUGUGUGGAUGGAUUUUACCACCUUUUUCGGUUCUUAUGAAUGUGGUUGUUGCAUCUUGUAUGAAAUCAAUAGCCUACGGACUCGUCUGUCAAAGGCGUCCAAUUCCGUCUCGAGUCCAUUUGAGUAUGCCGAAAGAUCACAUCGAUUGACAUGGUCCAAACUGUCAAAGGCUCCUUAUUCACCACCCGACAACAUUUUUUUUUCUUCAUCAUCAUCAUCAUCUCAGCCAUAGGACGUCCACUGCUGAACAUAGGGCUCCCUCUUAGAUCUCCACAAAUACCUGUUGGAGGGGACCUGCAUCCAGCGUCUUCCGGCGACCUUUAUGAGAUCGUCUGUCCACCUUGUUGGUGGACGUCCUACGCUGCUAGUCCUGCGUUGCUAGUCCGUGGUCUCCACUCCAGCACUUUUCGACCCCAUCGGCCAUCUGCUCUGCAAGCAACAGCCCAUUGCCACUUCAACUUGCUAAUCCAGUGGGCUAUAUCGGUGACGGUCUACGGAUUUCCUCAUUUCGGAUUCGAUCACGUAGAGAAACCCCGAGCAUAGCCCUCUCCAUAGCUCGUUGAGCGACUUUGAGCUUUGAGAUUAGGCCGAUAGGGAGACCACGUUUCGGUGCCGUAAGUCAUCACUGGUAACACUCAUUUUUUUUCUUACAUAGAAUAAUAUCUUAACAUUAUUUUCUUCUCUAAAAUUAUAACUACAAUUUUAACCGACUUCCCAUAAAGGAGGAAGUUCUCAAUAAGUCGGGAUCUUUUUUUUUGUUAUUUAUGUUCACCGAUUACUUACAGACACCUGGACCGAUUUGCUAAAUUCUAUUUUUGUUUGAAAUGGUAUACCUACUUCCCAGGUGGUCAGGAUCGGAGGUCAUGGAAACGCUAAGAAAUCGACGGCAACUUUUGAAAGUUGUAGGCAUGCAUCAUCCUCCGAGCCUUUUCCCAACUAUGUUGGGGUCGGCUUCCAGUCUAACCGGAUUCAGCUGAGUACCAGUACUUUACAAGAAGCGACUGCCUAUCUGACCUCCUCAACCCAGUUACCCGGGCGACACGAUAUCCCUUGGUUAGACUGGUGCCAGACUUGCUGGCUUCUGACUACCCGUAACGACUGCCAAGGAUGUCCAAUGACAGCCGAGACCUACAGUUUAUCGUGCCAUCCGAAACACAGUCAUUGGUGUCUAAUAGUCGGUUUACACUCUCGUGCGAGUGGCGAGGCGAGAGUGUAAACGUUUCCUCGCGCCUCGCAGCUCGCCUCGCCACUCGCGGCGCUCGCCUCGGAGGCGGUUUUUUGGGCACGAGUCAAAGGGAUACGAGCGUUGCUGGCUCAACGCAAACCGAACGCACGAGAGUGUAAACAGGAACACGCUACCUCGCGAGCUGCUAGACGAGGUACGAGGCGAGGCGCGAGGCGAGAGUGUAAACCCGGUACCUAUUAGAUAUACUUAGAAAGUAGAUACAAACUUAGAAAACUUGCAUUGGUACUUGCCUGACCUGGGGCCCGAUUCUCCAAAGUAAUAAUGUCAAAAUUGAAUAGAAAUCGAAUCGCAAUAUGAUCGCAAUAGCAGUUUUAACCAUAAUCGGGCAUUCUGCUACUAAUGAUGAUGAUGAAUGAUUUAAUAUAAGACCGAUCGUAUUCCAACGACAUUCGAUUGGUUUGCGAUUGGUCUGCUAUUUUGGUGAUUUUGGUCUAUACGGUAGUUUGCUCUACAAUCAUAUUGCAAUCGUAAAUCAUUUGCAGACAAAAUGAUUCAUUAUUGAAUGACAGAAAAGGAUAAAAAC